CAAGGAGCCAGGCGAGCAGGCCGCAGCGAACACAGACGCUUCCACACAGAGGAGCAGAGACAUGACCUGGGCCAGGACUUCCCUUCCACUCUGCCCCCUCUCAGACGAGCCAAGUCCCUGGACCGUACCACCGAGUCUGUCAUGACCCCGGACUUGCUGAACUUCAAGAAAGGUUGGAUGGUGAAGCUGGAUGAGCAUGGACAAUGGAAGAAGUUUUGGUUCGUACUGACAGACCACAGCCUCCGAUACUACAAGGACUCCAUUGCUGAAGAGGCUUCAGAUCUGGACGGGGAGAUAGACCUGUCUACGUGUUAUAACGUCACUGAAUACCAGGCUCAACGCAACUACGGCUUCCAGAUACAUACCCAGGAGGGCAUGCACARCCUGUCGGCCAUGACUGCAGGCAUACGGAGGAACUGGAUCCAGGCUGUCAUGAAGAAUGUCAGACCCUCCACCGCUCCAGACGUGGCUAGCAACCACAGCUCCUUCUCCCCACUGGAGGGGCUGGUUCAGCCGGACGUGACCCAGGACUCCCCUUCCUCCGAGACCUCGUCCGUGGAGCGUGAGCCAGGUCCAGGCCCUAAGAAGAGCCGGGCACGCGAGCGCCGACAACAAGGCCGCUCAAAGACCUUCGACUGGGGCGAGUUCCGACCCAUUGCCCAGGCUUUGGCCCAGCAGCGMGCCCAGAAGGCUGAGCCCCUGCAGACUGACAUAGGAGACCCCGAUCGGAACCGGAGGAGGGAGGAACGACGGAGGAGGUAUGAAUCUGUGACUGGCUCCUCCAAGGACCAACCAGCAGGCUCCGAGGGCGGGAGGAUGGACUUUGAGAAGGGGGGAGGGAGUGAAGGCAGCCCUGGGGGUGAGUGCGUGGGUCCCCCCUCCCUGGAGAGGCAGCAGAAGGUGGAGGAGGAGAUCGAGCAGCACUGGCAGCAGGUGGAGCAGACACCCAUCAGGGAUGAGAGGAGGGUACCUCUGCCCCCGACACUGCAGACCAGGGAGACGGCCGAGCUGGAGAAACUGCUGGAGAGCUACAAGAAAGGGGUAGAAGAGCUGAAACUGCAGUUGGGGAGCUGUCACCAGCAGCUCCUGCACUCCAACCAGCARAAACAGAAUCUGGAGGUCCAGCUGAGGACGGCUCUGGAGAGAGAGCAGCACGUCCGUUCUGGAUACGUCUCCCAGCUGGAGCUCCCUUUGGUUCUGGAGGCUGAUAUCGAGCCCCAGACGAAGAGGCCGGAACUGGUUAGUUCUCAAGCGCAGAGCUUAGCAAGGAAGUAUCAGGAGACCAAAGAGCUCCUGCAGCUYCAAGAACUGAAAAAGCGUAAUAUGCAGGCACAGCUUGGRCUCUCGCUUUCCCACCUCUCCAUCAAGGAACUUUACCUUUCCCACCCCCAAACAACAGCCCCUCUGGAAAGCCUGCCUUCCUCAGAGCCGCCCGUCAAAAAGACUGUUAGKUUUUUGAUCGAAGAUAGUGCAGACAGGAUUCAAGAGCUAGAGGACUUGAUAUCAGGAAAGUCCCUGACUCUGAAGGGACUGGUUAGAUUGCUACGAUCUCACAGUGAAUUCUGCCUGCAGGGUAGUCCGGAAAUAGGACAACAGGGUAGUUGCCAGAGGCUUUUGGAGAGCUGGAAGUUUCAACAAGAGGUAGACAGCGAGACCAUGAGGCAGAGCUUGGCCAGGGCGGGCGAAYGCAUCCACAGUUACGAAUCYCMUCUCCUGGCCAUGGAGGACAUGCUAGGAAGGGAUCAGAAGGUGGAGAGCCGGAAGACCCCUUACGGACCACUGUGUCAAAUCGAAGACCACUCGAAAAGCCACGAGUUCACUGUACGGGCGUUGUCCCACAGGGUUGAACUUCUAAAGAGUGAAAACGAAGCGCUGAACCAGCGCUAUCAGGAGAUAGUGAACCAACUAACUGAGGCAGAUAGGGAGAUCGACAGGCUCAAAGCUGAGUUGAUCAACCUGCAAGYUGGGAAACAGCACCUACUGAUCCUAGAGGAGCUGAACGGKGUCAGGGCCAGACUAGCAGAGAGCCAAGCCAAUGCCGUCGACAGGGAGUUCUAUGAGAGAGAGCUGAAUGAGAAGUCAUUGAAGCUUCAUGAGGCCCUUGUCACCUUGGAGGUGCUAGAAAGCAGCCUGAAUGACACGGAGAGAAGACUGCAGCUGAAAGAGGCCACUCUCAAAGGUCUGGGAUUCCAGAUGGCAGAGGAAGGUGCUCKUAAGGAGAAAGGGCAACUCAAAGAGCAGCUGGAGGCAACAGGGGCCAAGCUAUUGGAAAAGGAAGAGCUCUGUAGAGAACUUCAAGCUCAGAACAUUGAAUUUCAAGCUAGAAACCAGGAAUCGGAGGGAGUCCAGAGUCUGAAACUUUUAGAGGCAGAGAAUGAGAUUAGGAUGUUGCGAGCAAAGUUGGGGGUAAAGGCAAAGUCGGCUAGGGGAGAAAGAGAAGUGAUUGUUAGUGAAGACUUGAUGCAGACAGGUGAGAGGAAGGUAGCAGACAAAAGUGUUAUAAAGCAAGUAGUAGGUGAGAUAAAGAUGAAGUCUGAGGCCCUUAGUCGGGUGUUAGAGGUGUUAGUGAAGCUCGAUGUUAGUGUGGAGAAAACACUAAUUGAUCUGAAAAGCUCUUUACAUAUCACAGACUGCCUUGGAUACUUUGAAGAAGAGCCAGAUGAAGUAAGUCAGAGAGUAAUGAAAAGGUUGGUAUUAGAGGCAGCGUUCUGGAGUGGUCUGUUGAACGCUUUAGAGGUUAGCCCAUGCAAGACUGAAGGUGAACGUGCAUGUAGUUUUGAAAUGCGUGUYGUACAGCGUACGGUAGCUGAGAAGAGCAUGUUGCUGUUGAUGAACAGGAUUUGUCCUCGACCCAAGAUGGAAGUUGAUAAUGAGAUGACUGUGACUGCACAGACCAUGCGAGCAGACCUUUCGAAUUGGUGCAGCUGGCUUGAUAACGACACCAACACGCUCAUUUUGAAAGAUCUAACAGAGGCAUUGCAAGAGAAAGUGUAUUUGUUUAACCUAAUUGCCUCCACCAUUGAAAUGUCCACGAAUGACACCCUCCUGUCCUUGGUCCUAGCUAGCUUUGAUUCCGGCAAAGUUAAGAAACAAUGGUCUGAGCACCUUGAAGACGCAGCCACGGAAGCUCACAUGGCCUAUCUCAUCAGCAGGCUGAASUUCCAACACGAGAAAGAACUGAAAGAAACACAGGUUGAGAAACUUCAGAUUGGCAACUCUGACUGUGCCAACUGCUGUCUAUUGAGAGAACAGAACCGAGAACUCCAAUCCAAAUUGGCGGAUCAACAGAACCAUAUGCAAUGCCAUGAAGGCACUAUGAGUGAAGACACUAGACCAGUAACACACAUUCAGAUCGAAGGGGAGCCCAUUGACUCCCUGGACAAGGCCAUACAGCUGCAAGACAUGGUAGCCAAGCACAAGCUGGAGCUGAGGGAGACCAAGGACGUCUACACACAGGUAACAGAAAAUCUGCGACAGGAGGUGGCAAAGGUGUCCGAGAUAUUGCGUCUAGAACGUGAAGAAAACGUGAAGGAGAUCGACUCUCUGACUGUCUGCAUGGAGAACCUGAAGAAGAAACACGAGACAGAGAGGAUCGUCCUACUGGAGAAGUUCCAUCAUCAGAUGGAUGUCACCCCAGGAGCAGGCUAUCCCACUGGGGCAGAGGAUGGGACGAUGUCCCCUGAGACCUCCACAACCUCCGCCCUCAAGGAGCGCAUCCAGGAGCUGGUGGCCCAGGUCUCGGCCAUGACAGAGGAGAUGAAGCGGAGGGAGCURCAGGGCGACGCAGCUACUCUCCGGCUGAAAUACGACAAAGACCUGGAGAAUCUGAAGGCCACCUGUGAGAGGGGCUUUGCUGCCAUGGAGGAGUCCCACCAGAGGGUGAUUGAAGAACUGCAGAGGAAAAACCAGAGAGCGCUGGAGAACCUACACGAGGAAAAGGAGAGYCUGCUAGCCGAGGAGACUGCCGCUACCAUAUCCGCAAUCGAGGCGAUGAAGAACGCCCACCGGUCGGAGCUGGAGAAGGAGCUGGACAAGGCCCGCAAGUCCAACAGCAACACGGAGAACGCAGACAUAGAGGAGAUAUGCAGGCAACACGAAGAGGAGCUGUGUUCGUUCCAGAGGGAGAUCGAGGUGCUGUCUGAGCAGUAUUCUCAGAAGUGCCUGGAGAACGCCCACCUGGCCCAAGCCUUGGAGGCUGAGAGACAGGCCCUCAGACAGUGUCAGAGGGAGAACCAGGAGCUCAACGCACACAACCAGGAGCUGAACAACCGUCUAGCUGCAGAGAUCACMAAGAUCCGCUCUAUGGCCGCUGAAGACGGGGGUGGAAACACCUGCAACAUCACACAUGGGAAGGAACUGUACGAGCUAGAGGUGAUGUUGAGGGUGAAGGAGUCCGAGGUCCAGUAUCUGAAGCAGGAGAUCAACUCUCUGAAGGAUGAACUCCAGGCCGCCCAAAGAGAUAAGAAGAAUGCGACGGACAAGUACAGGGACAUCUACACAGAGCUGAGUAUCGUGAGGGCCAAAGCAGAGCGAGACCUGGGGAGGCUCAGAGAGCAGCUGCAGCUGGCCCACGAGGCACUGGGGGAACCAUCACUGGAGGAUGUGGAGAGGGCAGGAGGAUACGAUAUCAUGAAGUCCAAAAGCAACCCUGACAUUCUCAAGAUGGCGGCCGCUGCCGCCAAACGCACCGAGCGCACCAUGAGGUCAAAGAGACUUAAGGAAGGGCUGACUGCUGAGCAGCGACUCCACCUGUUUGACAAAGACACUAAGGAGUUCUGACAGCGUGGCCUACGUCACACCGCUCCAGCCACCUUGCAGCAUGUUUAGAAAGGCCACUCUAUUUUACCUCUGUGAUUARMUAUUUAGAAACACACUGGUCYCCACACACAUGUCGUGUGUGUAUAUAUUAAAAAAUAAAACAUGGUAUGAAGAUUUGAAGUUUAUGUCUAGACUCAUUCCAUGCACUUUAGUUACUGUGACAUUUUGGUUUUUGGUUUUUUGUCUUACAGUAAAUUCUCUGUACGGUUUUUAAUGAGGCGUCUAUCAUCUAACAAAGAUGGCCUGUAAGCUACUGUUUGGACUCCUUAGUCUGUGUUAAUAGCCGAAGGAUUAAGUAUGAUGUUGUAAAGGCUAAACACAACUGCAUAAUYAUGAUGAUGAUGGAAUAAUUACUUACAUAAGCAUAACCGUAGGAACAAUCUUGCCUUCAGGCCUGCGUGUUAUGCUAGGUGAGGUCAGUGUUCACAUGCUGUCGUUUCCCCUCUAUCCCCUUAACAAAGCUAUGGAAAGAAAAUGUUUGCCUGCAUCAUUGUACAAGUAAACUAUCUGUUACGUUGGAUGUUGCUCCUUCAUUGCCUGAUGUGUGGACUUGUUAUAUGAUCAUUAUUAACAUCAUAGAAUGUUUUCUGAAACAGGACAAUUUUAAAAUGACCCCUGGAAGGCGACUGCUGAACGCAUACAGAACGAAUGGGAUUAUCUGAUUUAUGAUAUAAAUAUAUUUACAUUCUUCUCUCUGUAAUCGUAUUGGCACAGCUGUAUGGGAGGAUGAUUUGUUGGAGUCGGUUAUGUCUGUAGUCUUGUUCAGUGGCAGUCCCUUUGUAUUUAUUUAUGUGGGGGGGUUUUGUCUCACAUACCAAURCCUCUGUAUUCUACUGUUGUAAAUAUACAGCCAAUGUAUACCAACUGACAACCGGUUUAUUAGCAAUAAAUAUUUUUGCACCCUG